CGGCGGUAUGGUUGACGACUACGAGUUCACGUCAUGAAGUUUGUGGCUUUUCUCUAUCUGGCCGCGGUUGCGUGUGCUCUUCAGGUUCUUCCCCCUGUAGCGUGGAAUGCAACUGGACUAUCAGAAAACGGGUUCGACAUCAAAGCGAUAGAAAGGAAAAUCUUCAUCACCAGCAGUUUUUCGAUUCGUCGGGAUGACAAUGGCUUGACACUGAUUCCUCCCUCUGCUGGGGAGUUUGCAGAGACCUUCCGUCAGGACCUGCAGGCAGUGACAAACACGUCUUGGGUGCUCCAUACGGUAGACGCGUUUUCCGAUAGCGAAACAGGAAUAUUUCUGGACAACGUGGCUCAGCAGGUCAACUUGACUUAUGAGAACAAGGAGCCGACCGAGGAAGGUUAUGAGCUCGUGUUCAGUGCUGGUCGGGCAUACAUUUGCGGCUCUGGUGCUCGAGGGAUGUGGUGGGGAACGCGAACAUUUCUCCAGCAGUUGCUGAUCCACGACGUGGGGAUCGUUCCAGCCGGACGGACCCUUGACGCGCCUUCAUCUGUCACGCGGGGGUUUCUUCUCGAUGCGGGUCGGAAAUGGUACUCUCCCGGAUUCCUCAGGGACUUGUGCACGUACGCCUCGUUCUUCAAGCUGUCUGAAUUCCACUAUCACAGCAGUGACAACUACCCAUUGAAUCGCGGACAUAACGAGACGUGGUAUGAAGUUUAUUCGCAAUUCUCCCUGCGGCCCGAAAGCGCGGAAUUGCAGGGCUUGGUGCAGAGGCAGAAUGAGACACUGUCACGGGCUGAGUUCGAGGACUUCCAGUAUCAUUGCGCGCAGCGUGGAGUGACCGUUAUUCCUGAGAUCGAAGCGCCCGGCCAUUCUCUGUCGAUCACCAAGUGGAAGCCGGAGCUGGCGUUGGAGCCGAAGGAUCUGCUCAAUUUGACGCACCCGGAUACACUGCCGCUGAUCAAGUCGAUAUGGACAGAGUUUCUGCCGUGGUUUCAAACAAAAGAAGUCCAUAUAGGCGCGGAUGAGUACGACUCGGCAUUGGCGGACGAUUACAUUGACUUCGUCAAUGAGAUGGCUGCCUUCAUGAAUGAGACUGCCGGCAAGAGGGUUCGCAUCUGGGGAACGUACGAGCCGUCGAACACCCACAACAUCUCCAAGAAUGUCAUUAUCCAGCACUGGCAGUAUGGACAGUCAGAUCCCGUUAGCCUCGCAAGAGAUGGUUUUGAGUUGAUCAAUUCUGAAGAUUGGUGGGCAUACAUGUCCCUGAAGAAUGAUCACAUGCCCAUCAUCCCUGCUCCAUAUCCGCCAUCGUUCAAUAAUACUAGAUUACUGAAUUUCGGGGGGAGCAACGGCCUGCAAUGGACUCCACCGCUGUUCAACCCAUACAAUCUCACGAAGCAACCGGAUCCGAGGCGUGUUCAGGGAGCCAUCAUCGCAGCCUGGAAUGACAAUGGUCCUGACGCGACGACGCAGCUGGAAGCAUAUUAUGCUCUUCGUGACGGUAUUCCAACGUUCGCGUCUCGUGUGUGGGCGGGUAACCGUGGGCAGGAGCUGAAUCUAUCGAGCUUGUCAGAGUCUAUGCGCGUGUUGACUGCGAAUGCGGUGGCGCAGAAUCUGGAUCGGCGGCUUUCUGGAGCGAUGGAUCUAGAUGGAGACGUACAAGUCAGCUGGGAUGCAAUGAACGAGAAUGCCACGACAAAACAUCACUUGGGAUAUGGGAGUAAAGGGAUGAACUAUUCGUUAGAGCUGAACGUAACGGGUCCGUUUACUCUGUCCUCCGACGAUGCGACGCUCAAGCUGGGAUCCGAUGGUUCCUUAACCUUCGUGUCGGACGGGUGGGAAUAUCCUCUCCGGUCUGUGUCCGAGGCCGAUGGAUAUGAUCCUGCGUACCCAGGUCGUAUAUGGGUCAACGAGACGACCUCCACGCAUGAGCCGGUGACUGUGCCGUUGGGAAGUCUGAUCACGAUCCAGACGGAUGUUGUUGGUGGAAGUCGCAUUUGGAUCGAUGGUUUAUUUGUAGGGAGGUUUGAGGUGUUUGUUUUUGGAGGGAAAAACACUUUGUUUUCUUGGAGUCAAAUGGCGUUUGUCGCACCAUUAGAAUGGGUGGAAGGGGGUUUGUUCUUGCAGAGUGCCAUCAAGCGAAUACGAACGGAAUCUCCCCCCGUGUCCUUACUCAAGAGCCGAGACCUGCUAAGAGAGCUGGGCCCCUGGAAAAUCUUCGUCCUCAUCGAGUCCUUGCAUGCCGCCGCCUGGUUAGGGGCGUGCAUCUGGUUCAAAGCCUACCCACCAGCAGCAAUCUAUAACCACCCCAGCCACGCCGACUCCUCCUCCUAUAAGCCCUGGAUGGAGAUUGGCUGGCAGAUUAAUUUUCACACCUUAAUCCUGGAUAUCGUAUUUUGGGCCACCAGCAUCUAUCAUUUAUACGUGUGGUAUCGCUGGCGACUGGGUCGUUCCCUCAGUGUACGCCAGCGAGCGCUGGCUGAUCUCGCCUAUCUCCAUAAAUUUUGGUUCGGCUUCGAUGGCCCAUGCUCCGUUGUCACCCACCCAAUAGAUGAGGCAAAGAAGCAGCAGCAGCGGCAGCAGGAGGAGAUUGAAAAAGAGGAGAGCGCAGUACUAAGAAGGCUGCUGUCAUCAACUCCGUUGUGGAAAAUAGAGGCAAUGUUCUGGUGCCGUAUGCUUCGUUUUCUGUUUCAUACUGCCGUUGCUGCAAUUAGGAUGGCACUUGAUGGUAACAACCGGGCCCGGCGGCUUGCGAGUAGCCUGAUGAUUCCGGCCUGGCUUAUGCUAGCAUGUGUGGUGGGUAUUCAGGACUCGGUGCGGAGGCGGAUUCGUUGA